ACCACAUUGAGGAUACACAUCGCCAGCAUGACAUCCGGCAGCAUUACUACAACCACUACCGCGACUGAUGAUUUUCAGAAGCAUCCUUCAAUUCCAAGCGAGGAAGUUAUAUAUAAGCCAUGGGAUCUACUGGUUUACGAGAUCUGGGUCCUGGGCAUCGUCUCGACCUGGGCCUGGGGCUGCAGUACCUCCGAAUACCUGCUUCCACAAUUCCGAGCCAAUAUAGGCAAAAACCACCUCGACAUCGGCAGUGGGACAGGAUAUUACCUUCGCCGAAGUGAAAUUCCUGUCUCGACGCUCCUGACACUUCUGGACUUGGAACGGCCUGCGCUGGAUCUGGGCUUGCAGCGCUGUGGCCGCCCGGACGCGCGCGGCCUACAAGCUGAUAUCCUACAACCCCUGCCGGUAACCGACAAGUUCGAUUCGGUUUCCAUGUACUAUCUGCUGCAUUGCAUUCCGGCCACCGUGGCCGAGAAGUGCGCUAUCUUCAAGCACAUCAAGCGCAACAUGACCCGCGACGGCGUCAUACACGGUGCCAGCGUUUUGGGCAAGGGUGUGCGCAACGACAAUUGCUUCGCUGCCCAUGUGCGCCGCGGCGUGCUGAAAGCUGGCAUCUUUCACAAUAUCGAUGAUAAUGCAUAUGACUUUGAGCAUGCUCUGCGCACGAACUUCGAGGAGGUCGAAACGCGAGUUGUAGGCUCAGUAUUCAUGUUUCGUGCCUCGAGCCCUAAGCAAAAUGAGGGUGAUUUGUUAGAUAGUUGAUU